GGGUCUGGCGGGACCUCGUCCACAGACACGAGAGAUUUCAAAUCGGCUAAAUUCAUACCUAUCAAAGCUGAUAUCUCGAAAUCCAUCCUACAGAAUUGAAUUGCCUUACAACGAAAAAUUAAUUGACCUACCGUCUUUCAAUGAUAAAAAGGAGGAGAAAUUAAAACGAGUAUUUCUCGUGUUUUACCGAGUUUUCGGUGACGGGACAUUUCUGGCCCGUCAGGCGGCUCUGAUCGAAGUCUAAUCGAGAACCUUCGAUCUGGACUGUCGGGACAUAUAAGUCUCCGCCAGAUAUGUCCCUCCAGGCGGCUGCAAUUUUAUCAAAAGCCGGCCAGAUUUGAACCGCCAGGCGGUUGGGCACUUUUUCAAGUAUUGAUCAGUGGUGAGCUCCUAGUGUAACGUGCACUGGGAUGAUCUGAAAUUCGGUUCAUUUCGUUAGUAGGAUCAUUUCAGGAGUCAGAAUUAGUGAUGCCGGCGCUUAGUAGAUAUUUGAUAAAAGGGAACCAACCGCCCUGGUUAGAGAUGUCAGAAAUUGUGAGGUUUUAUUUGUGUUCCUCAUUUAAAAAAAAAAAAACAAAGAAGUAGAGCUGACCAGCCAGGCAGGCGCGGUCGAAAGAAAUGGGAUCGAGCGAUGGUUGGAUCGAUAUCGAAGGGAAGGCGAAAGAGGCGAAAAGGAAAGCGCGAAAUUUCUUUAGUAGCUUCGACGCAAAAACUUUGGUAUUGACGGGGAGCUUUGGGAAAUGGAACGAAGACGCAGAAUGGGAAGUUGUCCGGUUCGGCGUUAGUUGUAGUUUCAUUUCCAUCGUAGCUGAGCUUCUUUCCGACCAUCAAUUGGUUUUAUUUUGAUUCCGCACGGGCAUAUAUGAGUUCGAGAGCAUGGCGGGUGAAAGAAAUGAAUUCGAAGUUGUGUUUGGAUGGGGAGCUCUGUUGGAAUGGGUCAAAAACGAAGAAUCAGAAGUGUCCGAUUCGGGGUUACUAGUUUCAUUCCUCGUGGCCAGAGCUCCUUAACCUACCCGCCGCUUCAAAUGAAUUCAGUUUCGAUUCCGUUGCAUCGCUUCUCGGUCUUUUUAUAGUACCCACCUGUCUACGGCCGGAAGAUAUAAAUCCGAACCGAAAGAUUAUGAGAGAGACGAGGGUAUCGACCCGCGAAAGCAAUUUUACCCUAGGAAGUCUCGAAAGUCGGUUGCUUAAUCAGGAAGUGGAUACCUGAUGGUGAUGGUAUUGUUAAUUCUUCCUGGAUUACCGAUGGAACAGCAAAGCGAAAGAUUGGGGACGAAAAGAGGAGAGUUCAUUCCCAAUUCGAAUCUUAGUAGUAUUCAUCUUUCGUGUUCUACUCACCGGUCCAAGACGAGUCUGUACACAGUUCGCGUAAUGGUUUUAAAUGAUGGAUAUGGUCGAAGCGGUCGGUGAAUGGUUCGAAUCAGAGACGAAAGCGUUUUGGCAGAUAACUCCUAACACGAUUAUUUGGGCUGGUCCCCGUGCCCAUUGCAGUACCGGGCGAAUGCGCCAGGCGCCGAGUCUUGAAAAAUCGAACCUUGCCAAGUUCCGACGACGGGGUAGUGACGUCGUUGCCGGGACUUGGAUGAAUGCGAGCUUGUGGAAGACAAAAUAAUAGACGAACGGUGCAAUUCAUCCUGCUGAACUUUUUGUUCGAAUACUGAUGAAACUUAAAAACCUAGUAAUCUUUCCAAUACAAGAGUAACUCCGAUUCAUUUGCCCGAUUGCCGGGUUUUGGGCCGCCUAGAAAUGAUCCUGAUUCAACCAGAAAUCUUUCCGGAUUUAUAGUGCCCGUUGGGUGGUCAGCAAUGCCUCUUGUCUCGUCUUUUCUGUGCGUUGGUCACAAAUGUGCGGCAAUCUGCGGCAGAUGUGAAAAGCGCUGGAUAAGAUGAGAAACAAACCCCGUAUUCUUGAAUGUGCAUGCAUGUCCCAGCAUGAGGAGACCGUCGAAAAUUGGAUCCUUUUGGCCAAUAUAGAAGCCUUAUGGCAAUCAAAAAUAAAGUCCUAAGAGUUUUUUGGAAGUGGCGUAGAGACGAAUGUCUCGUGAAUUGGCUCCUAAUUUAUCCUAAAGCCGGGUGCAAAUUCGAUUAAGCCAGAGCAGACUGGCCGGUUAGAGAUGUCAGAAAUGAACUGGUCUACACGGAUGAAAGAAAAUUGAAGGGGUGGUUGUAAUGAAUUCCCCUGGGAAUUAGCGAAAACAGAACGGGAAGUGUCAGUUCUAAAUAGUUUUUUUCCAGGCGGUAUUUUUAUUCCAUUCCGGUCCGUGUAGUCGAAUGAAAUUAAUUUGAAGCCGGUGGUUGGAUAGAUAUCGAAGGGAAGGCGAAAGAGGCGAAGAGAAAGCGCGAAAUUUCUUUAGUAGCUUCGACGCAAAAACUUUGGUAUCGAAGGGGUGCUUUGUGGAAUGAAACGAAGACAAAGAAUUGGGAGUGUCCGGUUCGGCGUUGGUUGUAGUUUCAUUUCCUCCGUGGCAAAGCUCCUUUCCGCCCGACGCUCCUUAUUUAUUUUUAUUCCUAUCUGGGUGCCGCGCGACUUAAGUGUCCGCGAUGCCUUAAAUACAAAAAAAGGGUUCAAUUGAAUUUGAAGCCGGUGGUUGGAUAGAUAUCGAAGGGAAGGCGAAAGAGGCGAAGAGAAAGCGCGAAAUUUCUUUAGUAGCUUCGACGCAAAAACUUUGGUAUCGAAGGGGUGCUUUGUGGAAUGAAACGAAGACAAAGAAUUGGGAGUGUCCGGUUCGGCGUUGGUUGUAGUUUCAUUUCCUCCGUGGCAAAGCUCCUUUCCGCCCGACGCUCCUUAUUUAUUUUUAUUCCUAUCUGGGUGCCGCGCGACUUAAGUGUCCGCGAUGCCUUAAAUACAAAAAAGGGUUCAAUUGAAUUUGAAGCCGGUGGUUGGAUAGAUAUCGAAGGGAAGGCGAAAGAGGCGAAGAGAAAGCGCGAAAUUUCUUUAGUAGCUUCGACGCAAAAACUUUGGUAUCGAAGGGGUGCUUUGUGGAAUGAAACGAAGACAAAGAAUUGGGAGUGUCCGGUUCGGCGUUGGUUGUAGUUUCAUUUCCUCCGUGGCAAAGCUCCUUUCCGCCCGACGCUCCUUAUUUAUUUUUAUUCCUAUCUGGGUGCCGCGCGACUUAAGUGUCCGCGAUACAUUAAAUACAAAAAAAGGGUUCAAUUGAAUUUGAAGCCGGUGGUUGGAUAGAUAUCGAAGGGAAGGCGAAAGAGGCGAAGAGAAAGCGCGAAAUUUCUUUAGUAGCUUCGACGCAAAAACUUUGGUAUCGAAGGGGUGCUUUGUGGAAUGAAACGAAGACAAAGAAUUGGGAGUGUCCGGUUCGGCGUUGGUUGUAGUUUCAUUUCCAUCGUAGCUGAGCUCCUUUCCGUCCAACGGUUCUUUUGAAUUGAUUUUGAAGUCUUCGAGGCGCUAUUAGUGCCCGUGUAAUUAAAUUUUACACAAAGCCUCUUGUACUUUCUUAUCCGUGCGUUGAUUACUGCUGUCUCGUGAGGAAACUCCGAAAGGCGGUGAAAGGCGCUGGAUAAGAAUCAGCCCCGGUAACUCCUGCAUGUGCAUGCUUUUCCCCUGCAUGAUAAAAUAAGACCGUCAUAUAAGGCUUAGGACGUAAGGCAAUUCGUUAUCCUUUUGCCGAAUUCACAAAGACUAAUCGUGCCUUUUUUUUCGAUUCUGUAUUUUCAGAUUGAUUAAAAAUGGCGAAAAAUAAAAAAAAGAGAGACCCAAGAUAUACUAAGUCGAGAGCCGUGAAAAAUUCAGCCAAGAAUGCCGCCGCCGCAGCUGUAUUAAAAAGGAGGCAGCUGAAAGAAGAAAGAGAACGUUUAGCUGGAGAUCAAGAGCCGGUAAUCAAUUUUGAUACUGUACCGGAGGCUCAAGAUCAGGAGGAGGAGGCGGUUGCCGUCGAGGAGCCGGUCGAGGAGCCGGUCGAGGAGCCGGUCGAGGAGCCGGUCGAGGAGCCGGUUGAGAAGCCGGAUGAGGAGCCUGGUCAGGAGUUGGUUGCUUCGCAGCGGCCGGAACUUGAUCAGGAUCCGGAAAUAGAGGAUGAACAAUCUGCCUCAGAGGAUGAUGAACAAAAAGCUGGGACAGAAGAAGAGGAGCCGGUGGUAGAUCCAUUAACCCCGAAAGACGUUACAGUUCAACUUGAACGAUUGGAACUAUCACCGGCGACGCUUCAAAGACUCAAAAGAGUUCAAAAAGCGAAAAAAAGAAAGGAACGUGAAGACAGUUCAAAGAGUGGCUCCUCCCCACCAAAACGAACCAGAAGUCAGACCCGAAGACCAACUAGUGCAGGGUCUUCUUCUGAAACGGCCGAUCCCGAUGGUGAAGUAACACGGCACUACACAGGGAAAAAGGUCGGUCUCACGAACGCGACUUUGAGGUGUCGUGGGCCUCGCGUUCUUACAGCGCAUCCGUUCCGGCUGGCCAAAAAAACGAACUCAGAUUCGGCCAAGCUGAACAUGCAAAAGAAGGCCGAUGCCAAAAAAGUCGCCCAACAUAAAGCCGUCAACCGGAAUUGGAAAGAAUGCAAAGUCUGGGGCGACGUUGGGAGACAAUCACGGGCUGAUGAUGAUUCACCGAGGCCUCAGUUCCAGGAAAGGGCAAUUCAGUUUGCACCCCUAGAAGAACCAGGCCCCGUGUUGAGUCAAUUCAGUCGUUUUUCGAGUCCCCUCGGAGUUUUCAAGACGAUGCUUGGUGGUGAGGACACUUUGUACCUUCUUCGGGAGGCAACAAAUGACUACAUCGCUGAAUUCUGGAAUUCAAGGAAGACGCCACCGUCUCGAAAAGUGGGUGGCAAGCCUGAAGGCAGGUUAAUCGGCCCGCGGUUGCCUGCUGGAGGUUUUGUCACAGACCACGAACUUAUAGCCUUCUUUGGCAUACAGUUCUUGAUCGGAUAUCACCGUCUGCCCGAGCUGUCGAUGUUCUGGGAGCAGCAACCAGACACUGGUCUCGGGCUCGGAAUAAUUCAACAGGCCAUGACUCGCGAGCGAUUCAAAUUCAUUUCUAAACACAUAGCUUGCGCAAGCCCAUGGGAUGAUGUUGACCCUAAUUCUGACGACCCGGAUCAGGAGCCAGAGCGACCGGAUCCUAUCCGUAAGAUCCGUCCUCUGGUCAAAAGACUCAAUGAACGCUAUCAUGAGUGUAGAAAGCCUCCUAGGGGUCAGAGCAUCGACGAGUCUAUGGUCAAAUACAAAGGCCGCUCAAUGCUGAGGCAGACGAUGAAGAACAAACCGAUCAAGUCUGGUUUCAAAAUUUGGAGCCGCUGUUGCCAUCGUGGGUAUACCUAUAAGUUUGAGAUCUAUCAAGGAGCUCGCUUUGGGGAAAAGCAAAAAAGAUCUCGUAAUAACGAGGCGGUGGAGAGAGUUGUCGUUGAUCUUUGUCAACCCCUGACAGAUCAAGGUUUCGUAGUGGCCUUUGACCGGUUCUUUACGAGCAUUGCCCUCUUGGACAAGCUCCGCGAGAAUGGUGUCAACGCCGUUGGAACGAUUCUUCCAAGUCGGGUCAACCAGCCCAUCAUGACGAAGAAUGAGUCGAACCUGCGGCCGGACGAAUUUGCAGCCAAGUUCGGUGGUGAGCCCGGAACAUGCCGAAAGGGAAUCUUCGUAUGGAGAGACACUAAGGCGUUUCGGGUCGCUUCCAACUAUCACGGCUCAGAUAUUGUCAAGGUCAGGAGAAAGCAGCGUGAUGGUUCGUUCCGAUCCAAGUCUUGUCCAAAGGCUAUUGACGAUUACGUCAAUAACAUGGGCGGUGUAGACACGGCGAACCAGCUGCGUUCUUACUACGAGAGAGACCGUAAAGCCAAAAAAUGGUGGCACCGUCUCUUAUACUCUCUCUUGGAGACAUGUCUGGUGAACAGCUGGAUAUGCUUCAAUGAUAUGGUCGAGGAAAAUUAUCUGGAGAAUUACGAAGUUCAGAUGCCGUUUCUCGAGUUCAAACGGAACGUCACGAUGGGUCUUUUGUCCCACGCCCUGAACGAAAAUAAAACCAAAGCUGGUCGAGCCGGGCGAAUGAUGCCAACCAUUCACCCUUCCGCUGAACCAGGAGCAAAGCGGCGGAAAAGUCGACUGAGUGUAAGGGACGACAUUCGGUUAACUUGUGUGGGCAACCAUCUACCCAUCUUUGGGGAGGCGAGAGGCAGGUGCGAGUGGUGCCAGGCAACGAAACCCAACAAAUUGGAAUCAAGACCAUUCUCAAAGUGCAAACAAUGUAAUGUGUUUUUGUGCCUCGGGAAGAAGAGAAAUUGCUUUGUCGAGUUUCACGAUGAUAAUUACACAUCUGAGGAGGCUCCGCUGGACGAGGUGGAAGCUGUCUAUUCCGCUUUGGAGGAAUCAGACGGCCAAGCUUCUGACCAUGAGCCAACCAACAAGGAGUGUUCUUCUUCAUCCGCUGAUUCCGACGAGCCAGAAUAUUCUAACCGACGUGAAGGCUAUAUGAUUGACGAUUAUGAUGAUUUCCAAGACCGUGAUGGAUUUGUAAUUGAUGAAUAUGAUGAAUUUCAGCAAUAAAUUUGUGUUUUGUUCGUACGUCAGUGUGCAUUUUUACUCUAAAGUGCGGCUAC